CUCUCCCCCCGUUUUCGUGCCGAUUCGUAAGGAACCGGUGGAUCAAGUUUUUCUCUCUCUCUCUCCCCGCUGGUUAAUCGCAUUGCUGUAGCACCGGCUGACCUCCCUCCCUCCCUUUCCUUCUCUCUCUCUCUCUUUUUUUUUGUGUGUUCUUCAUCUUCCUUCAAAGUAUGUGCCAUUCCUGAGCGAGUUUCCCCGCCGGCUCAUCCCCGGGGCUGCCCGGCUCCGUAUGCCCCACCUUGUGUGCCUGCCUACCUGGACUAGGGGGAAGAUAAGCACUGCACUUUGACUAUGGAAGCAGAGGCUGCUGAUGGAUAUAUAACAUGUGACAAUGAGUUUUCGCCCGAAAGGGAGCACUCCGGCAUGGCCAUUGACCUCACUUCCAGCACACCCAAUGGGCAGCAUACCUCCCCCUGUCACAUGGCAAGCACAAAUUCAGUAAAGCUAGAAAUGCAAAGUGAUGAUGAAUUUGACAGGAAGCCCCUGAGUCAGGAAGAUGAGAUCAGGGCUCAUGAUGAAGGAAGCAGCCUGGAAGAGCCUCUCACUGAGAGUAACGAGAUGAUGGAUAACAGAAAGAUCCAGGAGCUCUCAAGCGAGGGAGGAAUCCGGCUUCCGAAUGGUAAACUGAAAUGUGACGUCUGUGGCAUGGUUUGCAUUGGGCCCAAUGUGCUAAUGGUACAUAAAAGGAGCCACACUGGUGAACGCCCCUUCCACUGUAACCAAUGUGGAGCUUCUUUUACCCAGAAGGGGAACCUGCUGAGGCACAUCAAGUUGCACUCUGGGGAGAAACCAUUCAAAUGUCCCUUCUGCAGCUAUGCCUGCCGACGGAGGGAUGCCCUCACAGGACACCUCAGGACGCACUCUGUGGGGAAGCCUCACAAGUGCAACUACUGCGGCCGGAGCUACAAGCAGCGCAGUUCACUGGAGGAGCACAAGGAACGCUGCCACAACUAUCUGCAGAAUGUCAGUAUGGAGGCUGCUGGGCAGGUCAUGAGUCACCAUGUACCUCCUAUGGAAGAUUGUAAGGAACAAGAGCCUGUGAUGGACAACAAUAUUUCUCUGGUGCCUUUUGAGAGACCUGCUGUUAUAGAGAAGGUGACAAGCAACAUGGGAAAGCGUAAAAGCUCCACCCCACAGAAGUUUGUGGGUGAAAAGCUCAUGAGAUUUGGCUAUCCAGAUAUUCCCUUUGAUAUGAACCUAACCUAUGAGAAGGAGGCUGAGCUGAUGCAGUCUCACAUGAUGGACCAAGCCAUCAACAAUGCAAUCACCUACCUUGGAGCUGAGGCACUUCACCCCCUGAUGCAGCACACACCAAGCACAAUUGCAGAGGUGGCCCCCGUCAUCAGCUCAGCUUAUGCUCAGGUCUAUCAUCCUAACAGGAUAGAAAGGCCCAUUAGCAGGGAAACAGCUGACAGUCAUGAGAACAACAUGGAUGGCCCGAUCUCCCUCAUCAGACCAAAGAGUCGAACCCAGGAUAGAGAGGGCUCCCCCAGCAAUAGCUGCCUGGAUUCUACUGACUCAGAGAGCAGCCACGAAGACCGCCAGUCCUACCAAGGAAACUCUGCCUUAAAUCCCAAGAGAAAGCCAAGCCCGGCUUAUAUGAAGGAGGACGCCAAGGCUUUGGAUGCCACAAAAGCUUCUAAGGGCUCUUUAAAGGAUAUCUACAAGGUCAUCAAUGGAGAAGGGGAGCAGAUUAGGGCUUUCAAGUGCGAGCACUGUCGCGUCCUUUUCCUGGACCAUGUCAUGUACACCAUCCACAUGGGCUGCCACGGCUACCGGGACCCACUAGAGUGCAACAUCUGUGGCUACCGAAGCCAGGACCGCUAUGAGUUCUCAUCGCACAUAGUCCGAGGAGAGCACACAUUCCACUAGGCCUUCUCAUCCAAAGGGGACUUGUAUGAAGUAGAAGAACUGCACAUGAAGAAAUACUGCACUUACAAUCCCACUUUUCCUCAGACAUUGAGACGCCUAUUUUGUUGUUGUUGCUGUUGUUGUUGUUGCUGUUGUUUAAUUAUUAUUAUUAUUAACCUUAUUUUUUGUGGACCCAACCUCAUUUGCUCUGCCCAGCUUAAGAAUGGAAAGAAGGGAGGGAAGGGAUAAAAGAGGGGUUUGUUGUUGCCGUCACUUUUUGGUGGGUGGCCCGCGUCGCUUUCAUGGGAAUUGAAAGGCAGCCUGUUUCUGUCUCAAUCAGCUGUACAUUGUGUCCUGUUUUGGGACAUCACUCAACCCUGCUAGGUGCUUUAAAGUCCUGACGAGAUGCCACUCACUCAUUUACAAUUUCAGACGAAUAGAUAGAAACAUUUCAGAGGAGGGCCUUUUCCAAACGUAUAGAUAUGGUGUGGGGUUUCGGUGGCUGGAGGAGAGAGGGGGAUCUUUAUUCUGCAGAAUGAACAAUUAUUUUUAAAGCAAAACUAUUAGGGAUUUAGGAGCAUGAAUGAAAGUCAAUGUUCCUUUCAAAAUUACUUUUUAGGGUGAGCUGUUUUCCUGGGUUCAGUGUGUAUUGCCCCUCUAGAAUGUAAAUUUAAAGAAAAAAAAAAUAAAAACAAAAUAUAUGUCUUAACACUGUACCACAUUACAGCAGUUUAGUUUCAUAAGUCUGAGGGCCUUUUGUGGUAAGUCUGAGGCUUUGUAUUUUUAUUUUCCUUAACUUAUGAAGCACCUUUUUUAGAAUUGUUGAUUUGCUGUUACUCCAUGCCUAUGUAUUGACUCACAGGCUUCUUAGAGACCCUUGGGAGCCUUACUUAUUUAGUUGCACCCUGUGUUUUAAGAAAUAGCAUUUAGAAAUAACUUUUACACUUGCUUCUAGGACAGUAAGUGGCCUAGGAGUGGGUGAGAGAGUCUGUAGUUUACUCAAGAGGUUCUGCUGCUCUUCUGAAAUAAUUUUGUUUUAAAAUUACGGAUUUUAAAAUGACAGAAGUCCUAAGUAGCAAAGUGUUCUUUAAAUACAGGUAUAUAGAGAUAUAUAAUUAUAUAAAUACUUUCUCAUUCUAUUAUCACAGUGUUAACCUCUUGGCAACAGCCUAAACUAAGACUUGCAGCUGGGAAAAAGCUAGGAGCCAGAUCCUUGGCCAGCAUUAGUCCCCUUAGCCCCACUGAAUUUAAUGAAACUACCCCAACUACUUCAGCUACAUCAGGAGCCAAGCCUUUACCGUUUAGUCUCUCGUUGACAUCUUAUUUGCUAAUCUGCUGAAGUUCCUUUCGGUUUUAAGUCAUCAAUUCUACUUUAAUUUAGGAGUGGAAGUGUUUGCAGGUUUUGAUGCAUAGCCUUUGCUCUUCGAGAGCACAGAAGCCCUGCAAAUGAGCAGAUAGCGUAUCACUUUCCCUAUUUCUUCAGAAAGUGAUACAUGGAGAUGCAGGUGUUGUGCUUUGAUUUGGAUUUGCAGAUUUCAUUUUUAUUCCUAUGUUAUUAAAUUCACUGUAGGGAAGACGAAACAAACUUCAGAGUAAGUCUUUGAACUAUAGACUGGACAAGAGCAAAAGAAAAUCAGACCUCCAAUCUGUUUUGGUUCCUUUCUUUCUUUCCCAAUAAAUAACAAAGCCAACAACCACCCAGCAAGUUGCAGGUUGCAUCAGUAAAAACUGGGCUUAAACCUACAUGACAGAUUGCCAUUGAAACCCAACUGUUUGUACCAAUCACAAUUGAAAUGUUGUUGUUUGGCAACAAGAACAAAGCUUGAGAAUGGAAAGAUCUGCAUGGUUUUAACCCCCUCCAUGCACACGGUCUCCAUGCGCUUGGUGAGACCUUUUCCAAAGUAUAAAGUUACUAAAGUGUAAAAGAGAGAGCAAGAUCAGGCCAUAAUGAAUUCCCAUCUGCUCACUUCAAUCUGCGUACUCGAUGCAUAUGCCAGUUUGCUGUUCGUUUUGAGGGUACUGGUUUUUUAAUUCUCCUCUUCCUAGACCUGGAGCAUGUGAAAGUAGGAGCUGAGUGGUAUUGAUUGAAAUCUUUUUAUGGUGACAUUCUUGGCAGCUAGAACCUGUGUUUAGAAAGGAUACAGUAGAUCAUGGCCAGAUUACCUGAUGACUGCUUCCCAGCACUGAAAUGCUAUUAAGUAGGAGCUGGUAAAGUCUUGAAGUAGCCUAUUAAUUAUAAUACAAUGUGGAGAGAAAUGUCAUCUUCUGUAAUGUGAGAGCUAUCAAGGCUCGGAAUAUACGGGCUUUGGAGAGACAGAUUUAAAGACCUAUUCCCAACAUUGUUCUUAAUGUCAUUGGGUUCCUCCCCCUCCUUCUUUCUUCAUCCUAAUGUAGAGGAAAGUCAGGCAAAUGAACCACUGCCGUCCUCCAGACCAUUCUCAUUUUCUUGUGCUUGGUGCAAUCAAAGAAGCUUGUGCAGGAAUAAAAUGGGGAGGUGCUGGAGGGCAUCACUUUUAUUCCUUAUGGCUGAUUCUCUGCAGCCGUGAAGGUUGGCUGAGGAGGUAGCCAGCCGUGUUCUGCAUCAGGAUGUGCUUGGAAAUUCAGAAAAGAGGGUUUGCUUUUUGAGGUCGGAAAAGUCAUCUGAGAACAAUGUGCAAAGGGAAAGGUGCUGGGCCUGAAGGUCACUUGGCUUGCAUGGGCCUCCAGGAAGACACGUGCCUGAGCCAGAGAAAAGGGUUGCCGGCAAUCCCUUUCAGUCUCUGGGGGACAACGUUCUGUUCUCCCCUCUGUGGUCAGUGGAAAGAACACAGGCUAUGGUUUCUUGGAAUGCUUAGCACUAGGGAAAAAGCAUUAACAACUUCUGCCCGUGUUUAGGAAAGCACCAGAAUACGGGAAAGACAGAGAAUAAUCUCUUGUGUAUUCACAAAUAAGUUGGCUGCAAUUACAUCUGCAGUUUGUUAGUGUGCACUUUCAUUCAUUGAUGAUUCAUUGAUACCUCCUGUAGCAUAUAUUCUGUAGAUGUUUAAAGUAUCAAACAGGGAGGCUCUGUGGUUUUGUAGCUGGGUUCAGUUAAGCUCAACUUCUUGUUCCAAUGGUAGCAUGCGAGAUCUGUAUCUGAGCACCCUAUGUCCUGGUAUCAUAGGCACAGAGAACUGGGAAGGCAGUGGGGAGAGACACUGGUUUAAUUAUCUUCCAAAAACUGCAUUUUUGGAGAGCAAGAAAGUGAGGGGUUACAUUAAAUCAAUGCCUUUUCUGAAGACUCAGUGAAGUUUUUCAUCCUAGAGCUAGGGAAAAGAUUAAAUUCUAGUUCAGAUUUUGAACAGUGUUUUGGGCUAGCAUUGAUUUUUAGCAUUUGCUUACUACUGAAAAUCACUGGAGGGUUUUAUCUCAAGCAGUUUGCCCCUACACAGAAGUGUGCAAAAUGAGGCCUCAGAGAUUUUUUUUUUUUCCUCUUGCUUCUUCUCUGCAGAUUUCUAAGAAAAGCUCUUGAGUUUUGUCGAGUUCAUUAGUCAUUCACAGUGUACUAGGAAUUUCAGUAGAUAAUCCUUGGCCUGCAGAUCCAUUUGUUCUAAGUAUUUGGUGUUGGAAAUUGAACCUGACUGAUUUUUAUUGGGCUCUCAUGAAAUUCUUGGAAUUGAGUUUCCAGUUAAAAACAUGCAUUUGCAAAUGCUUGUGAACAUCCCCAUUUUCAUAAAAAAAAAAAAAAAAAAGCCAUUUCUGCACAUAUUCCUACCAGUAAACCCUUUUGCUUCUUUUUACAUCAAAAAUGACAAGAUUCUGACUCAAUUUAGAGUAUUACAAGCCUAUUAAUUUCAAUAGAAGUGUGACUGCUUAUUCUGCUCUUGCUAUGAUCCAUAUUCUUGGAGCAAAGGGCAUUAUCUAUGUAUCUGCUGUUAUGGCCAAUGAAUUUUACAGCCACCUCUCUUUGCAGUCAGUUAGGAGUGCACAUCAAAAUAUAUAUAAUAUUUUCAGUAAAGCCAGCUCUUUACUCAGUAACUUAUGGGAUUAAAACAAUUUUAUUCUCCUUAAAAAGUGCUUCCAUCUAUGAUGUGAUGGGAAAUGUGUUUAGGCAUUAACCUCUGUUGCUCUGUAUUAGGGAGAAAGAAUCAAAGUCUGUUAAUUGGCCUGAUUUUUUAAUGGUGGGCGUUUCUACAAUGUGAGGUCGCAGCUCACAAAACAGCCAUGUGGAACUGAAGUAUAUUUACUGCAAGGGGAAGAAAUUCUCGAUUUCAGGAGUUUCCAAAUUUUUUUCUGUUUACAAGGGCAUUCCUAAAUUGGGGCUGUCAGGCAGAAGAGGAGGCCAGGAAUUAAACAAACCCUUCAAAACUGGCUUUUUAUUACUGUUUCCUAGGUCCUGUGUUAGCUUUUUCAUAUUCGAAAGAAGCUAGACAACAGACACUCCUUCCUCCAGAAAGAAACUUCAGAGAUAAUUUAUGGAAAGGACAUUAUUAUUAUUAUUAUUUCAGCCAAGGACAGGAGCCACAGUAAUACAGUUCCUUUGCCAGAUAAUAUUCCUUUCCUUAACUCUUGCUGUGCAUUGUAACGUGAUGAGGAGGGGGAAAGGAGGCUGCUCUGAUACCCCAGUUGCCUAAACUCAGUGUGGCAUUUGAGGAAAAGUGUGAUAUAAUUGGCUUUGACUCUAGAAAUUGGCAUCUUAGCUUGGCUUAGUAUCAUUUAAAAACAAAAAUGGAUGGCAGUAGUGGCCUGUGGUCUAGGGCAGCUGGAGAUUUUGAGAAAGUAUAUUUAUAUAUAUAUAUGGUAUCGUAUAAUUAGAUAUAUGCUUUAUUGUAUAUGUGCCUUUUUCAAAUGCAUUUUGGAAGUUUGUGAUGUCGUUCAUGAUAUCCUACCAUACCCUUUCAGAAUGCACGACAAAAACCAACCCAAAGUAAACAUCCCUUCUGCUAUGGUGUAGCGAGGCAGAUCCCUCUCCCCUUUGGCACCCUUCUUGGCAGCUCGACCCAGAGGGAGGACCAUCUUUGUACUUUGCUGUGAGAUUUCCUGGAGUUUGAUGGCUUUUAGGAGUGGGAGAGGCUAAGAAUUGCCCUAGCAAAGUGCAUUCCAGCUACCCAGCCAGACCUGGCCCCAACCAACACAGCAUCCCCAGCUGCACAGUGCCCUGCACAGCGCCAGGGCAGCGCUUCCCUGUUCUCCCCCUCCCAAGAUUUAAGUAAAGUAUGCUUGAAAACAGACUUUGCUGUGCUUUUAAGAUGCUGCUGAGGAGCAGACUUUAAAGCAUCUACCACUUGCUUCGGCCUGGAAAAAGAAAUCUGUCAGAACAAAAGUCCUUUGGAAAUGGUUUGUAAGUUUGAUGGUCAUGCUGCUGCCACCCUGAUGGUUGAUGCAGAGGUGAGAGAAGCCCAUCUGUAGAAGAUGUUAUGGGGGUUUAUUAGCUGGAACACUUGGGUGAGAAGCGCAGCAUUUGUUUCGGUGCUUUCCUGGCAGGUUGGUGACCUAGUUUCAGAUCUAGUUAUUUACCCUGCAUGGGUGCAGUAUCUAAGUGUGCCGGCACAGGCACAACGUGAACCUGGCAGGGGAGGUGACUAGGUGAGGGUGCUUUGGGUCAGGCCCUGAGCCCGUUGCCAGCUCCUCAGCACCUCUCUUCUGGGGUCUGGGGCUGUGGCAGUCACAGAGAGUAUGUGGGAGGAGGAAUUAGGUAGAAAAGAGGCAGAAUUUGCUUCAUCGUAAAUAUAUUCCCUUUAUCCCAUUAAGAAUUGUCCUGAAGUAUAAGCCAAGGAGAGCAUUACUGGUUUCUGAUUUAGCCUCUAACAGCCGUGCCUGAAAGCGUGUGAUUAUGUCCUUCUCCACUGAAGCUCUCAAGUGAACAGAGGACAGACAGGAGGAGGUGGUGUGCUGACGUCUUGCCAUGCUGCACACUUAACAGGCUAAGAUAACAAUAAAACUGGUAUCUAAAUCACCUAGCUUUUCCAGCCUUUGGAACGGUGGUUGUUGGUAUGCUCACUCGGAUCCUUAUUUGGGAGGAUAACUGCCCGUGCGCUCUCCUUCUGUGAAAAACUUCUUUACAAACUGUCCUGGGUUCAGUUUGUGUCCUUAAACCACAACACAAACAAAUCACGGGACAGUGGGCAGAGAUGACCGUUUCAACAAAGACUUAGAUCACUGUAGUAAACCAUAUGAUUUACAGUUACAAAAGGAGUACUGUGAUGUAUUUCCUAGCAGUAUGUGAAGUAUUUUAACAGAGUGAAUGACAAGGAAGUUACUCACAUCAUGUCUUGAGAAGGGCUCAUGAUGCAUACUCUACUGGGAGAAAGGGAGCAGCUUGGCCCAAAGCUUGGGACUGACACUUCCUUCCUGCAGCAGGUAUUGAUUUAGGUGCAUGCACUGCAGCCCAAUAAAACAUGUGAGCAUAAUCAGCCUCCUGCCAUCCCUUCAAUUAGAUCUGGAAGUACACAGGAGCUUUGCAGUUAACAAUGUGCUUAAUAAUUACCAUUAAUUAAUUGUGAGAUUGGGUCCUUAGUUGCUGAUCAGUGCAGUGCAACAGCUCUGGUUAGGUCUUGGUUUUUGGCACUCCAUGGUGGGGCUCUGCAGUGAAGACGGUGGUGUAGCAGCCUUAAUCCCUCACACUCGGCCAUAUGUGAAUGGCAGCAGCCUCUAGUCUGGAUUAUCCAUCACGGAUAAAAUAUGGGCACCUCCCGCAAGGCAUGGUGGAGAGCGUGACUCCAUUAUUGGCACAACGAGGCCAGUUUGCAGUAAAUUGGGCCAUUUAGUUUUACCUCAAGUGACAUCAAAUACGAAAAGCUUCUUGAAGGGGUAGAGGUCACUGAAUCCCCUACUAUGCACUUACUGGGAUUUGACAUUGCUUACUGGAAAUGGAUGUUCGUUCCUGAACACACUGUAACAAGGGAAGGACUUUUUGGUUAUUUUUGUAGUCGUUCAGAUUCUGAAACUGUGAUCAAUUAUUUGACGAAUUGUCAAGUGUCCUCAGAGCUUGAACAUGUUCACUUCCUCUGCCAUGUAGCAGUCUCCUCGGGCUUUCAGUGGUUUUCUCUUUCUCUCUCCCCCUUUUCCUUCUCUGAGCUUUAAGUCUGGGCCUGCUCUUAUCUCCUGUAGCUUGGGGCUGUCUAGGGGUUUGGGGGUUUGUUUGGGAGGGGUUUUUUGUUCAUUGGCUGUACAGUCUGUUUACAUAUUUUUGUACUCAAGUGUAGUUUUAUAUUAAAAACAGGAAAAAGAAAAAAAGAUAGUCAAUUUGAGAAAACAAAAUAUUAAGGUACGUCUCUUUGUAACACUUUAAAGACCUAGGGUACCUUCAGAGAUGACUCCACAGUGAUGUAAUUAUAAUACUGUAUAUUUGCCUUCCUUUUUAGUUGGUUUUAUUUUCUGGUUGUAUUUUUUUUUUUCCUAAAAUGUAUAUCUUUUUAUGAGAAACUGGAAACUUUUAAUGCAAAUGUUUAGAAAGAUUUAAAAUUGUAAAGUAAAAAAAAAAAAAAAAAGUCAUAUAAUUUUUUUUUUUUUUCCUGUUGGAAGAAAAUGCUUUAAAAAAAAGUUUUACUACUGUUGUAUUCCAGGGUGGGGGUUACCAACCCCAAAUUUGCUUCUUAUGUUUCAUUCUUGGAUCCUGCUUUCUCAACGUGGUCAAUGCAGACCUGGAUGAUUUGCUUAUAUUAGUCAAAAGAAAAACUUCACCAACAAAACCACCUUUUGGGGUUAUUUUUCUGUUCAAGUGCAAUACUUUCCCUGACAUCGUAUUAAUAUGCGGUGGUUUCUUUCUUCUUUCCUCAGUCCACACAAAUCAGUGAAGCAAAAUGCUUUGUCUUAAAUACAUUCAAAGAUAAGGGUUAAGUAAAUUAGACAAAAUUAGACUGACAAAAGGUGAGAGAAUGUAAGUUAAGGCUAAAGCCCAUACCUUAACUCCUGCUUUUAUUUGAUAUUGAAACACAUCCAGUGCAUGAAUUAAGGACAUACCUGUUCUUGCCUCUUCCUUUUCUUUUCUAAUUGCAGCUUUCUUUUUAAGAAAAGCACUUAAUAUUGAUGUUUAUUAAAAAUAACAAAAAAUAAAAAGAUCUUUUAGUCUGAUCCAAAACCCACUCAGUGGAGACUCUUGUUGAUUUUCAUGAUGGGUUUUGGAUUAGCCCUAAUCUCUUAGCUAGGGCAAAACUGCCAUUUACUCUAAUGGGAGAGAUUUGCCUGUGUAAGAAUUACAGGACUCAUGUCCUUUAUCUACCUGAGAGACCAGAAAAGCUUCUUUAGAGUUGUCCUUGUCUUAUAUAAGUUUAGAUGGGACUUGUUUUACAUAUCAUACAUAUUUAUAUAUAGUGUAUUUUUAAUGCCUCCCCCCUCCCCCCCCCCCCAGUAGACUGAAGCCGCUGUUCUGUAAAUAUGUAUUUAGGUACAAAAUAAAGAGAGAAAAUCCCAUUGAGAUUUCUUUGCAAGGCAGUCGCUGCGCAUGCACAGUAGCCACUUUUGUCUUUUUAAUUUGUAUUUAGGAGAUUUCUUUUUAAUAAUAACAAAGGUGAGGAGACUGUAUCCCUUUCUGACUGAUUGCCAAAAUGAUUUCCCAGACUCUUGUGUUUGAGUUCAACAAGAAAAAUGCAUUUGGUGGGUGACUGUAGCAGUCACCCACAGGUUCACACUCCUUGGGCUGAGUUCUGGUAACCUCACAUAGGUUGCUCAGGUCCUCCCACAAACGGGGACUGUGCUGGAGCAGUGGGAUCCUAGCAGAGCACGCACCGUUUUGUGAAUGUAAUUCAGGAUAUGGGCUCUGACCCAUUUGUCACGGCAUCUUCCCUGACUCACAGGGAGCUGCAUUCUGCCCACUUUAGUGCUGGUUUCCUGAAGCAAGGCAGGUGAGUAAUCUGGCAAAUGACUGCUUUUCUCCCCAGUUAUGAUUCUUUUGGUUCUGUGACAGAUGUUCUGAGCUCAAAUUGAGGAACCUUUGCAAUUUAAAAAAAUAAAUAGGAAUGAAAAAAGAAAAUCCAAGAAAUGGGAGUUUAUUCCAAAAGCCCGUGAAGACACUGGGGAUUGUCCCAUUUCUUUACAUGGUCAUUGGAACAUGCUCUUAUAAAAGGAGUUCAGAAAUGAUCACUAUGACAGUGGUGCAUGUGAGCAACCCUAAUGUAAACCUGUAUCCCCCUGCUAAAAGAGUUUUGCCGCUAUAGACUGAACUAUGGGACUUGUUAUUUUUUUUCUUCAUCUUAGUAUACAUGCAUACAUAUGGUUCCACAUCUGUAUGUGUGUACUCUGUACAUGUGUGAGUGUUGUACAGCCAUGUGAGAGUGUGAGUCUGUAUGUGUGUAUAAAUAAAAGAAGCUGCAGAAACUUUGUAAUACUUUGUGAAAAGGAUUAUAUUAUAAAGGUUUGUACUGUCUUGAGUGCACAGCUACUGGAAUAAAUGUAGGGAAUCUCAGGAACAAGCAUAUAAUUUGUCCAAGAAUUAUUUCUUCUCAGAAGUGUAAGUGCAGUUUUUAAUUCUGUAUAUUAUUUAAUAUUUUACCAAUAAAAAUAAACUUCUGACA